AUGGCAAAGAAAUUAUUUGUUGUUAUUGCUAUUUUGUCAUCUGCAAUAUUCACAGAGGCGCAAGUGCCUACUACAACUUAUCCACCAGUUGAUGUACCACCACCGUUUAAACCAGAAUGGGCAAUCGACUUGAGUCAAGUCCCAAAUGCUCCAAUUGUUCCAAAAAAUAAAGUAGGUUCGGAUUGUCUUGCUAAUGACCCAUUUUGUGAUUGGAGUUGUACAAAUUGCAUAAAUCAAACUACUGAUUAUGAUCGUUGUCCUGAUAAAAAUGUAUGGGGUAUAACUUAUGAUGAUGGUCCUUCGUAA